AUGCCUCGUGGCCAGAAGAGUAAGCUCCGUGCCCGUGAGAAAAGAAAGCAGGCCCGGAGUGAACAUGCCGCUGCAAUGGAGGGAGAAGAGUCCUCCUCUAACUAUCCUUUCUACGGCUGUCCACAUCAGACUCCUCCUGGGACGCCUAGCUUUCCCAAGAGGCCUCAGGGAGCCCAAUUGAGCUUUCUGAACACAUUUUUAGAUGGAGGUGCCUGCAGCAAGGAAGAUGAAAGUUCAUAUUCUUCUGAAAAUGUUGAAGACUGGUGUAAAGAUCAUUUAAACCACAAAGUAGUCUUAUUGGUGCAGUUCCUCAUAGAUAAGUAUCAAAAAAAAGAGGCGAUUUCAAAGGCAGAUAUGCUGAAGUCUGUGACCAAAUCUUCUAAGAAUGACUUCAUUGAGAUCCUAAAGAGAGCCACAGAUCACAUGGAACUGGCCUUUGGUGUUGAUCUGAAGGAAGUGGAUCCCAUCAAGCAUGUCUAUGCCCUUUUCAACAAACUAAAACACAGCCUUGAAGGAGUGAUGGGUGAAGAAAGAAUGCCCAAUAGUGGCCUCCUAAUGAUUGUGCUGGGUGUGAUCUUUACGAAGAAUAAAUGUGUCUCUGAAACAGAGAUCUGGGAAGUACUGAAUAUGAUGGGUGUAUAUGCUAACAGGAAGCAUUUCAUCUAUGGAGAUCCUAAGAAGGUCAUCACUGAAGAUUUGAUGAAGCUAAAAUAUUUGGAGUACUACCAGGUGCUCAACAGCAAUCCUCCAUGCUAUGAAUUCAUGUGGGGUUCAAGAGCUCAUGCUGAAAUAAGCAAGAUGUAAAUCCUGGAGUUUUGGGCCAAGAUCCAUGAUAAUACACCAAGUUCCUAUGCAUCCUUGUAUGAAGAAGCUUUGAAAGAGGAAGAAGAAAGAGCCCAAGCCAGAUCUAGAGCCAGGGCUCGCACUGCUUCUAGAACCAGGUCACAUUCCAUUCCAGAGCCAUGCCCAGCAGCUUCUCACAUGCUGAGUAAUAUCUAA